CCUCAACCUGGGGUAAAGAGCCACUCACACUUCACGCCCCUUCUUCGUCUCUCUACUCUCACAGGUUCUUUCCAUUUUAGCAGUCCUCCCCUCGCAUUCUUUUACAGCUUUUAAUCCUCCUUCUUCCUCCCAUCGAUUUCCUCCUCCUCUUUCUCUCUUCACAUAUUCCAUCCAUCACAGGACAUACCAACUCAAAAGUCAUUCCCAUCACGACUUGUCUUAAACCACAUCCACUUACUACCUAUUAUCCACCCUCAUCCUCACCUUCGCGUACCUUGCCCUCGUGCCUCGUCCUGGCCGAACCCAUCGCGUUCUUCUACUACUUCUCUCUAUCUCAUCGUCACUCAUCAGGCUCCAUCUCGCCGACGUCCUCCUCAACUCUCCUCUUGAGCGAACUCAUCAUCACCGCGUGUCCUGGAGACUAUACGCUAUAGAUGGUUUGUGACAACACUGACUACUAACCUUGCAAACACUCCCAGUUUCCCAUCACAGAUCAGAACAGGACAGAACAGAAUACGCUUUUCAAAAUGUCGUACUUCAGCUCUCAGUUCUCUUCCUCUCCCGUCCUCACCAUGUCUCCCCAACAUGCCCACCAGUCUAUGGGUAUGGCAAGCUUCGGACACCACACACCACCCCGAUUUGCACCUAUGCCAAGCCAGUUUGCUGCUCAGCCUGUUCGACCUUCUGCAGCUGGUAGAAAGCGUUCCCGGGACGAGGCCUCUGAAAACCUUGAGCCUGACAUGAAGUCCCUGCCCGUUGAAGAGCCCGAAGAGGAAUGGAUCUACGGUCCCGGCAUGACCCUCAUCAAGAAGAGCACUCGCUACGUCACAGACGCCAGCAGUCAAUCCGGCACCUGGGUUGAGGAGAAGAAGGCUGCUGAAGAGGCCGCCAUCAAGGAGGCGCGCUCUCUGAUCAGAAACCCCAAGCUGCAGCGCGUAUCGCCCACUCUAUCAAGCGCACCUGCAGCCAGCACUUCUCCCCUCCAGUCUGAAGUCAAGCCUGCUACUGAGGGUCCCAUUGUCGAUAACUUCACUCUGCACCUCGGCAUUGGCUGGCGAAGAAUCAGCGAAGAAGAGCACAUCCAAGCCGCUGCUCGUGGUUGGGCUCGCUAUAUCGAAAAUCACUUCCCUGUUUCCAAUGCUCGAAUCCUUCUUGAGAGCAACGGUCUCCAGUCGUAUCUGGUGGAGACCAACGAGGGCUUCUUCCUAUUUGCCGAGAACCUCCGACAAGGCCAGCUUGUCAGCCAGACUGCUGAGGGCGCACUCCGAAAUCUUCAAUGCUCUCCUCCUAUCUUUGACGGAAUGGAGGUUCUUUCAGCAGCCGAAUCACCGCGACCAACCAACGCCGUCCCUGAUAUGGACAUGAGAAUGGACUAGGGAAACCUCGUCCGGGAACGUUUCGAAUUUUUUCUUGAUGCAUCUUGUACUUGCUAUUUACGGAGUUACGUGUUUGCCAUGCUUAUGGACUGGGAACGGGAAUGGGAAAGGAGCCUUGGGAUGGACGGGAAAGAAAGGCUACCGAGAGCGAAUGCCAUAGACCGGAUAGUCAUGGCUUGAUAUCAUUUGAUUGCAAUUUACAUUAUUGAACAACAACUGCUCUUGAAUGUGCCUCUGAUGUGAAUUGUGUUAUUGUGUCGAGCAUUUCCGUGACUUUGUGCAAAUUGUGCAGUUGUGUUUGUGGCAUAGACGGAGAAAAACUCCCGCUAAUAGAUGCGCGUUUGUUCAGGGCGUGAUUUUCGCGAGCAAGCCAAUACGACGCGACACCCUUGGCUUGGCUGGGCUCGGG